UGCUAAAAUGACACUCUUAUCAUCUUCUACCAUGGCAGCUGAAUUUGUAGCAUGUUAUGAGGCAUCCAAUCAUAGAAUAUGGCUACGGAAUUUUGUCACUGGGCUGCGCAUUAUUGAGAAUGUAGAAAGACCACUAAAGUUGUAUUGUGACAAUAAUUCAACAGUACUAUAUUCCAACAACAAUAUGAGCUCAACUAAGUCAAAGUAUAUCGACAUAAUGUUCCUAGUUGUAAAAGAAAGAGUACAGAGUGGACAACUUAGUAUAGAACAUAUUGGGACAGGCUCAAUGAUUGCGGAUUCGCUUACCAAAGGUCUAACACCCAAGGUCUUUCAUGAACAUAUUGUUCGAAUGGGUGUGACACAAUUUCAGGAUAUUUUGUUUUA